CUAUUGGCUUUCAUUUAAGAGUGACGGUUUUAUUACCCAGUGAACUUGUGAAAUUAACCCUUCCUCGUGCCUUUUUUAUUGGCUCACGUUCUUGAGUGGCAGUGCUAUUGACCAAUUAGAUAUAGCAUUAGGGCUGCGGGCUCCACCCCGGAGGCCGGGAGGGGAGGUUGCUCGGGUCGGGUGUCGCCUGAGAACCGGAUGAGGCGGUGACUGUGAGGCCGAGCCGGGAGCGGGCGUCGCGGCGAAGGGGAGCCCGGGCGGGCUGGCAGAGCAGAGCAGGAGGAAGCAACGGCCACAGACGCAUCGGGACCGCGAGUCGUAGUCGGGGGAUCCGCGGGGCGGAGGCGGGCACCAUGGGCAACCGCGGGAUGGAAGAGCUCAUCCCGCUGGUUAACAAGCUGCAGGACGCCUUCAGCUCCAUCGGUCAGAGCUGCCACCUGGACCUGCCGCAGAUCGCCGUGGUGGGCGGCCAGAGCGCCGGCAAGAGUUCGGUGCUCGAGAACUUCGUGGGCCGGGACUUCCUUCCACGAGGAUCAGGAAUUGUCACCCGGAGGCCUCUCAUUCUGCAGCUCAUCUUUUCCAAAACAGAAUAUGCGGAGUUUUUGCACUGCAAGUCCAAAAAGUUUACAGACUUUGAUGAAGUCCGGCAGGAGAUCGAAGCAGAGACUGACCGGGUCACAGGCACCAACAAAGGCAUCUCCCCGGUGCCCAUCAACCUUCGGGUCUAUUCACCACACGUGUUGAACUUGACCCUCAUCGACCUCCCAGGCAUCACUAAGGUGCCAGUGGGGGACCAGCCACCAGACAUCGAGUACCAGAUCAAGGACAUGAUCCUGCAGUUUAUCAGCCGGGAGAGCAGCCUCAUUCUUGCCGUCACACCUGCCAACAUGGACUUGGCCAACUCGGAUGCCCUCAAGCUGGCCAAGGAGGUGGACCCCCAAGGCCUGCGGACCAUUGGUGUCAUCACCAAGCUAGACCUGAUGGAUGAAGGCACAGAUGCCAGGGAUGUCCUGGAGAACAAGCUCCUGCCCUUGAGAAGAGGCUACAUCGGCGUGGUUAACCGCAGCCAGAAAGACAUCGAGGGCAGAAAGGACAUCCGGGCAGCUCUGGCAGCUGAGAGGAAAUUCUUCCUCUCCCACCCAGCCUACCGGCACAUGGCUGACCGCAUGGGUACCCCACACUUGCAGAAAACACUGAACCAGCAACUGACCAACCACAUCCGGGAGUCACUGCCAACCCUGCGCAGCAAGCUGCAGAGCCAACUGCUGUCCCUGGAGAAGGAAGUGGAAGAGUACAAGAAUUUCCGGCCUGACGACCCCACACGCAAGACCAAAGCCCUGCUGCAGAUGGUCCAGCAGUUUGGAGUGGACUUUGAGAAGCGAAUCGAAGGCUCUGGAGAUCAAGUCGACACCCUGGAGCUGUCUGGGGGCGCCCGCAUCAAUCGCAUCUUCCACGAGCGCUUUCCCUUUGAGCUGGUGAAGAUGGAGUUUGACGAGAAAGACCUCCGAAGAGAGAUCAGCUACGCCAUUAAGAACAUCCACGGAGUCAGAACUGGGCUCUUCACGCCGGAUUUGGCGUUCGAGGCCAUUGUGAAAAAGCAGGUGGUCAAGCUGAAAGAGCCCUGUCUGAAAUGCGUGGACCUGGUUAUCCAGGAGCUAAUCAGUACAGUUAGGCAAUGCACCAGCAAGCUCAGUUCCUACCCCCGCCUUCGAGAGGAGACCGAACGCAUUGUCACCACCUACAUCAGGGAGCGAGAAGGGAGAACCAAGGACCAGAUCCUUCUUCUGAUUGACAUUGAGCAGUCCUACAUCAACACAAACCAUGAAGACUUCAUUGGAUUUGCCAACUGUUUCUAUACUGAGGAGCUGGUCACAGGGUGGGUAUUGCCUGCUGUGUGCCUUUUUCCCUGGUGUGUGACCCGGGGCGUCCUCCCUGGGGAGCCUCAAACCUGUGGGGGAUGUUCCAGAAGCCCUUGAAUUACAACAGCCAUUCUCUCAACCAGGGCCCCAGCCAGGCCUUGUGAAGAGGACACUGGGUAAGACACCAUAGAGCCUGCCCUUGGAGGGCCCACAGACUGGGGAGUAGUGGAAAAUAGAACAAAAGCAUGAUGGGUGAGGCCUGGGGAGAUCCUCCCAAAGAAAUCAUGCAGGGGCAGGCAGGGAGCCUGCACUGGACAGGAAGACCAAGAGGCAGGACACCAGCCAGUAAGGCAGGAUACAGACAACAUGCCCCUCACCAUUAAGAGCCCGAAGCCUGAGGAGAUGAGUUUACAUUCCCUGACAUGGUGCCCAGAGCCUCUGGUUAGGGCCAGGGAGAGGCAUCACCACCUUGGCUGCUAUUAAAGGGAGGCACAAAGCACUUACAGCACAUCAGGGCCCUUGUCACCAUGCUGUAAAUGAUGGCUUAGCCAGCCACACCUUCGUCAGUAUGGAUCAUUACAGACAGCCCAGAGGAGAAGCCCCAUUGGGGCUGCUGGCGUGGCGCUGUUGGUAGAGCACUUGCUUAGCAUGCAUGAAGUCCAGCACCAAAUCAAAGGGGUGUGAUAGCCCACACCCAUCAUCCCACCACAAGGGACCCACAACAGGACAGUUGGUCCAAAGUCAUCAUCCUUGGUUAUAUAUCUGAAGUAGAAGCCAGCCAGGAACACAGGAAACCCUCCCUCCAUCAAAAAAAAAAAAAAAAGUGCCUUAGCAAGUGAAGGUUCGUGAACAGCUGGACACCCAUGAGCACAGCGCUAUGCCCUCCCAAGAAUAAAGAUAAAAAAAAUGGAGCCUGGGAUAGUAGUGUUAGAAGAGCACCAAGGGGAAGUUUACGAGUAAAGCGCCUGUUUCUAAACACACUUGAGCUCCUUAGCUAGCCCAGCCCAGAUGCAGACUCUCGAUCCUCUGCCUUAGCCUCCAGUCCUGGGUCUCUGGCUUGCACUCCCUUUGAGUGGUAGGCAAAACCUCAGAGCAGAGCAGCUGUGAUGAAACCACGUGUGUUGCUAUUUGUAUCUUUCUGCAGUUUCCAGCUAGAGCAGUAAGCUGAACACUGGCUGCUCCUGCAGAGGAACUGGGUUCUGUUCCCAGAACCCAUCAGGUGGCUCACGACCACCUGCCACUCUGGGCCUCCAGGCACACCUGCACAUGUGCGGUGCACAUAAACUCAUGCAGGCAGGCACACACUGACAUACACACACACACAAUGCAUACACACGUACCCCCCAACACACAUACACACGUACCCCCCCACACACACAUACACACACACACAUGCAUAGACUUGCACCCCCCACACACACACGUACCCACACACACACACAUAGACUUGCACCCCCCCCACACACACACAUACACAUCUUCUUAAAAAAGAAGAAAAUGAAAGCACAAGAGAGAAGCGAGUGGCAGGACACAGUUGCUUUGAGGCGGUGAGAACAUUAAUUGGGUUAGAGCAGAGUAUGGCUCAGAAGCAACGAGGAGAGUGGUGGGUAGCUAUAGGGAAGGAUGGUGUGGCCUGCCUAGAGCACUGACUGCACAGUGCUUAGCCCCAAGCACGCACUCCCCAGCACUUCACAUACUGCAUAUGAGGGCAGCCAGGAACCCAGAGGCCCUACCUCAGAGCAGUUCAUAAACCCCAUAGUGUACAGCCCCAGCACUUGGGAGGCUGAGGCAGUUACUUGCCUGUCAGUAACUGUCCAGCCUGGUCUACAUUGAGAUCUAGGACAGCCAGGGCUACGUAGUGAGGAAGAGGGGGAGAGAGGAAGCUAGCCCAG